GCCCUGGUUAAACUCCCGGCGAUUCCACGGCAGAGAUGCCAGACAGCACCAUCAACACAGAGGACCUGGAGGAGUUCCUAAACUCACUGGGCAUGACUCGUAUUGAAGACCUGGCAACUACGGUGCCUGACGAUCCACAGAUCGAUGCUCAGUCUGAUGCCUUCAAAGAAGUCUUUGAGCAGUUUGCAAAGAACAGCGAUGGCUCUCUCAAUGAGGAGGGCCUGGCGUCCACACUGGACAGAGUGGGGAUCAGUAUCAGCCCAGAGGAGGUGAAGAAAGCCCUGCAGAAGGCUGACUACGACAAGGACGGAGAGGUGGGGUUUCAAGAUUUCCUGCAUGUGAUGGCGGACAGCCAGCGCUUCUCCAAGUGUGUGAAAGCUGAAGGAGCGGACCCAUCCCAGUCUGUUGAGGCGUGUGAGACAGUGUUUUACAAGGCCCUGACCAGGAUGCUGGCUGCUGGUAUCCUGUCCAGUGGUACUACAGAGAUAGUACAGUACUACCAUAAAAAGACUCUGAGGCUGAUCCGGCGGGCCGUGCGACCAGACAGGGAGGACGGGGACCAUGUUCUCACCUACUACACCAAGGGAGCUCAUCGCAUACAUUUACAUUUACAUUUAAGUCAUUUAGCAGACGGCAUAGGCCUGAAGAGCAACCAGCUCCUCAAGUACAUCCAGCCAGUGGAGACAAUUGCCCAGAGCCAGAAGGAGAAGGACAGCCCGUACUUGAGGCGUCCCAGCCUUAACGUGGCCUACACCUCCUGGGACCCCCGACGCAUGUGCCCGAACCCUGCACAGAGGGCCAAAAUGAUCUGCCUGAAGUCUGUCAAGACCUGGAAGACCGCUGAGAUUGAGGAUCGCAUCAGACAAGUAAUUUUUUGA